GUUCGGCUGGUUGCCAUCAUCGCAAUAGCGGGUCGUCUUUGGACGUCGACGUCCUCGCAGCAGUUGUCGAAGGGUUUUAAUCCAUUGUGGAUGGGUGCUUGGGAUUACAGCGACACAGUCCAGUUUCCUUCUUCACUCGAGUGAGUGAGUUAUAGAGAGAGAGAUCAGGUGUGACGUCAGAGAAAUGCGUGGACACGGUGAAGGACGAACGAUCCACUAGCUCCACUCGAUUUAUUUUUGGAACCCAUUGAUUGCAAAAAAAAAGGGUGAAAAGAAAACCUACACAAUCGUACACCCACGCAUCGUUUAACAACAAAAGGAAAACGAAAAAAAAUAGAAAUCCAACAUCAUGUCUUCAGUAAAAGUAGCAGUCCGCGUUCGUCCAUUCAACAACAGAGAAAUCACGCGAGAAUGCAAGUGCAUCAUAGAAAUGGGCGGAAAUACAACCGCCAUAGCAAAUCCGAAAGCGCCUCCAGGAUCGAAAGAGGCCAUAAAGAGUUUCAACUUUGAUUACUCGUACUGGUCGCACAAUGAAAGCGAUCCAGAAUUUUCUUCCCAAUCUGUUGUCUACAAGGACAUCGGAGAGGAGAUGCUGCUGCACUCCUUCGAAGGCUACAACGUCUGCAUCUUCGCUUACGGCCAGACAGGAGCUGGUAAAUCUUACACGAUGAUGGGAAAGCAGGAGGACGGUCAGGAGGGAAUCAUCCCGCAGAUCUGCAAGGAUCUUUUCACAAAGAUCAGAAAGAAUACUGCAGCAGAUAUGAAGUAUUCAGUAGAGGUGAGCUACAUGGAGAUCUACUGCGAGCGGGUCAGGGAUCUGCUGAAUCCUAAGAACAAGGGCAAUCUGAGGGUGCGAGAGCAUCCCUUGCUCGGACCCUACGUCGAGGAUCUCAGCAAGCUCGCGGUCACCAGUUAUCAGGAUAUCCACGAUUUGAUCGACGAAGGUAACAAGGCGAGAACCGUCGCCGCGACGAACAUGAACGAGACGAGCAGCAGAUCUCACGCCGUCUUCACGAUAUUCUUCACGCAGCAGAGGUACGACGAGACCACGGAUCUGUGCACCGAGAAGGUAUCCAAGAUAUCGCUGGUCGAUUUGGCAGGAUCCGAGAGGGCCGAUUCGACCGGAGCGAAAGGGACGCGUCUCAAGGAGGGCGCCAACAUCAACAAGAGUUUGACGACGCUCGGCAAAGUCAUCUCGGCGCUCGCCGAAAUCUCGGCGGGGAAAAGCAAGAAGUCCAAGAAGGCUGACUUCAUCCCCUACAGAGAUUCAGUGUUGACGUGGUUGUUGCGCGAGAAUCUGGGCGGAAACAGCAAGACGGCCAUGAUCGCAGCCAUCAGUCCUGCCGACAUCAACUACGACGAGACACUCUCAACCCUCAGAUAUGCGGAUCGCGCCAAGGCCAUCGUCUGCAAGGCGAUCGUCAACGAAGACGCCAACGCUAAAUUGAUCAGAGAACUGAAAGAGGAAAUUCAGAAGCUGCGCGAACUUCUGAAAGCCGAAGGAAUCGAAGUGCACGAAGGGCCCGACGGCAAAGUUGUUGUUGAAAAGCGGGAGACGCCCCGUACGGAGGAGGUCACCAGGUGCAACAAGGAGAACAUCAACAAUAACAACAACAACAAUAACGAUGGUACUCAGACCGGCAGGAUUCGGACGCCUUCGACGACCAUCGCCGAGGAGGCCGUGGAUCAGUUGCAGGCCAGCGAGAAGUUGAUAGCAGAGUUGAAUGAGACUUGGGAGGAGAAGCUGAAGAGAACCGAAGCUAUACGAAUUCAGCGAGAAGCCGUGUUCGCGGAAAUGGGCGUGGCCGUCAAGGAGGACGGUAACACGGUGGGCGUGUUCUCGCCGAAGCAGACGCCCCAUCUUGUAAAUUUAAACGAAGACCCAUCUAUGUCAGAAUGCUUGAUUUACUACAUCAAGGAUGGUGUUACAAGGAUUGGAUCGGCCGAGGCUAAUAUCCCGCAGGACGUGCAGCUUUCGGGAUCGCACAUCAAUUCGGAGCAUUGCACCUUUGAGAAUAAGGAGGGCGUUAUCACUUUAUCACCGCAGAAUGGCGCCUUGGUUUACGUGAACGGGCGCGAGGUUACGGAGCCUAUAGUGCUGAAGACCGGUUCCCGAGUGAUCCUGGGCAAGAACCACGUGUUUCGCUUCAACAAUCCGGACGCGGCGCGCGAGAUGCGCGAGAAAACUGCGGAAGCUGGAGACACCGUGGAUACUGCUGAACCGCCCGUCGAUUGGAAUUACGCGCACGUUGAGUUGCUAGAAAAGCAAGGCGUGGAUCUGAAAGUGGAGAUGGAGAAGAAGCUGCUGAAUUUGGAGGAGCAGUAUCGUAAAGAGAAGGAAACGGCUGAUCAGCUUUUCGAGGAGCAGCGCAAGUGCUAUGAGGCGAGGAUCGAUGCGCUCCAAAAGCAGGUGGAGGAGCAGAGCAUGACAAUGUCCAUGUACAGUUCGUACACGCCGGAGGACUUCAACAACGAGGACGACAUCUUCGUGAACCCUCUAUUUGACGCAGAAUGCAACUGGACGGAGCGCGAGUACGAGCUGGCGGCGACGGCGUGGAGGAAGUGGAAGCACCACCAGUUCACAUCCCUUCGCGACGAUCUCUGGGGCAACGCCAUCUUCCUUAAGGAGGCCAACGCGAUCUCGGUGGAGCUCAAGAAGAAGGUCCAAUUCCAAUUCACAUUGUUGACGGACACUUUGUACUCACCUUUGCCGCCGGAUCUGAGACCGGCCAUCGAUUACGAUGCGGACGAGGAGGGCGCACCACCGAAGACCAUCGUCGCCGUCGAGGUGCAGGACACCAAGAACGGGGCCACCCAUUAUUGGUCUCUGGAUAAGUUGCGUCAGAGGUUGGAGCUGAUGCGGCUGGUGUACCACACUGAGGAGUCGCCGGGUAGUCCGGAUACGCCGCAGGGCGACGACUCCCUGCUGCGGUGUCUGAGCCAAUGCCCGUCCACGACACGCUUCUCACUCUCCAGCCUUUUACCCUCGAGCAGACAAAGGCUGGAGCUGAUGCGCGAGAUGUACCACAACGAGGCAGAGAUGUCUCCAACUUCGCCCGAUUACAACGUCGAAUCUUUAACCGGCGGAGAUCCAUUCUACGAUCGAUUCCCGUGGUUCCGAAUGGUCGGCAGGGGUUUCGUCUACCUCAGCAACCUUCUUUACCCGGUCACUUUGAUCCACAAGGUGGCCAUCGUCAGCGAGAAGGGAGAUGUGCGCGGAUAUCUUCGCGUCGGCGUUCAAGCCGUUAUGGACGAGGACAAUUCCGAUCAGGUCGGCGUCAGGCAGAGCGCAAGGAUCGCGUUCGAAUCUCCCAAAGGUAUCUUGGACAGAAACGCGCAUAACUUAGAGGAUCGCAUUGUUGAAGGUCAAAACAUCAUAGACCCGAUCAAGCUAGACGAGCUGAUCGAGUGCGACGCCGAUUCCGGUCGCGGCGACAGCUCCGUCUCCUCUGACGUCAAAGAGGAGGACAUCCCGGAGCAUUUGAACGUGGGCAAAGAGUUUACCUUCAGGGUCACAGUCCUCCAAGCAGUUGGAAUCUCCACCGAAUACGCGGACAUUUUCUGCCAAUUCAACUUCCUCCACCGACACGACGAAGCGUUCUCAACUGAGCCAGUCAAGAACACUGGAAAGGGAACGCCGCUCGGUUUCUAUCACGUACAAAACAUUACCGUGUCCACGUCGAAAUCGUUCGUGGAUUAUAUUAAGACGCAGCCGAUCGUUUUCGAGGUGUUCGGUCAUUACCAGCAGCACCCGUUGCACAAGGACGCCAAACUGGAGGGUUCGGUGCGUCAACCGCCGCGCAGAAUGUUGCCACCCUCGAUUCCGAUCUCGCAGCCCGUGAGGUCGAGCAAAUUCGGGGCGUUGCCAUCCCCGUGCACCGCCCACAUCCACGCCAAGGUGGACGUACUCGUCUGGUUCGAGAUAUGCGAGUUGGCACCGAACGGCGAAUACGUUCCCGUCGUGGUCGAGCACAGCGACGACUUACCUUGCAGAGGAUUGUUCCUCCUCCAUCAGGGAAUCCAGAGAAGGAUCAGAAUCACGAUCGUGCACGAUCAGGCCGUCGAGUUGAGAUGGCGCGAUGUCCGUGAACUGGUUGUGGGCAGGAUCAGGAACAGUCCGGAAUCCGAAGACGACGAGGACAACGAUAACUCUGUUCUAUCAUUGGGAUUGUUCCCUGGAGAGUAUCUCGAGAUUCCCGGAGACGACAGGACGAUGUUCCGAUUCGAGGCCGCCUGGGACAGCUCCCUGCACAAUUCCGCCCUGCUCAAUCGCGUCACCUCGCAGGGCGAACAGAUCUUUAUGACCAUCUCGGCAUAUCUCGAGCUCGAGAACUGCGGUCGUCCAGCGAUAAUCACCAAAGAUCUCAGUAUGGUUAUCUAUGGUCGCGACGCCAGGACCGGACCAAGGUCCCUGAAGCACCUAUUCUCCGGCAACUAUAGGAAUGCCGAAGCGAAUCGCCUGAGCGGAGUGUACGAGUUGCUCUUGAGGCGCGCCAGUGAAGCAGGUAGUCCAGGAGUGCAAAGAAGGCAGAGACGAGUUUUGGACACGAGCUCCACGUACGUUAGGGGCGAGGAGAAUCUUCACGGAUGGCGUCCACGUGGCGACUCCUUGAUCUUCGAUCACCAAUGGGAGCUGGAGAAGCUUACGCGUCUGGAGGAGGUCGAGAGGGUCAGACACACCCUGAUCUUGAGGGAGCGUCUGGGAUUGGACCGGACGAGUAUCAAUAAGCUGCAGCUCGAGUACACGAAGAGCGAGAAGGAGGUGUGCAACAUGGUCGCAAAGAACAACAACAUUAACGUUACCGCAGCAACCGAGGUUUACGAGUACUCGGAUCGCGAACGCGAUCUGCUGAACCGUUGCGUGCGUCUCAUCCAAGGGCGCGGCAUGAGGGCCGAGAACACCUUGAAGGACGACGUGACCAGUCCCUCCGAGGAGAUGACCGAGAUGAGCACCAGCAUGAUGUCCAGCAUCGUUUCGAUGGAGCUGUGCUCGCCUGAGAGGGCUGCCCUUCCCGGAGAAUGCGCUCCAUUCCCACCGUUACCCGCAUCCCCGCCAGGUCCCAGAGACCCGGAGCUCGUCCUCUACGUUCCAGACAUGGAGGAGAUCAGGAUAUCGCCCGUCGUCGCACGCAAAGGAUAUCUCAACGUGCUCGAGCACAAGACCUACGGAUGGAAGAAACGCUGGGUGGCUGUGCGCAGACCGUACGUGUUCAUCUUCCGCGAUGAGAAGGAUCCGGUGGAGAGGGCGUUGAUCAAUUUGGGCACCGCCCAGGUCGAGUACUCGGAGGACCAAUCGGCGAUGGUGAAGCUGCCGAACACGUUCAGCGUGGUCAGCAAGCAUCGCGGUUACCUCCUGCAGACCCUCCACGAGAAGGAGGUCCACGACUGGCUCUACGCGAUCAAUCCGCUGCUCGCCGGACAGAUCCGCUCCAAGUCCGCUCGCCGUCAUCCGCAGACUCAGAAGCAGCAGCAGGACGCCAACGAAGUCACGGUGGCAAGCAAAUGAGAAUUACUCAACAUGGAAUCUGUACUUGUGUAUUGAGCUUGUCCUCAUCCUCUCUCUCUCAUUCACUCACUCAUUCUCUGUCUGUCUGACUCUUCGGAUAACAAAAGAAGAAUGGAAAAAAAAACAAAACAAAUUUUAGAAACUAUAGAUUACGUAAAAUCCCUUUUCGCGCUGCUUACACGUAACGUAACGUAAUUUACAUAUAUAUAAUAUAUCCAAUACUUAAAUGUUCCCCUCGAAUCACUUGAUCGAAUGAUAAACCUCUUGAUUUGAUAUUCGCUGCGAUUGAUAUUAAGGACGGAGAUGAUGAUGAUGUUGAUGAUGAUGAUGAUGACUUUAAUGAAGAAGUUGAGGACGCGACGGCGGUAAUCGGGGUUGUGAUAGAAAAAAAAAAGAA